UUUGUGCUCUGUCGUGCGGCGCGCGCCGAUCCGCGUCACUCCGGUUUGAACGGACACACAACAGGAGAGAGAGAGAGAGAGAGAGAGAGCGCAGGAGAGAGAGAGAGAGAGAGAGAGAUGCAAAGAUAAGGGCUAGAUUGUUAUUUUAGACGGGAAAAAAAACAGUGAUGAAUUUUAGCUUUAUUUAGAAAAGGUCCAUCAUCACCAUCAUCACCCCACUACCAUGACAAACCUAAAUAAUCAUCUCAGGUGACAUUGUAGGUAACCAUCUAAACUGUUAUCUCUCUCUCUAUCUUUCUCUCUCUCUCUCACACACACACACACACACACACACACAGCGCGCGCGCGCGCACACACACACGGGAUUUUGCGCCAAUAUUGCGCACGCACACACGCACGGGAUUUUGCGCCAAUACCGCGCACACACGCACAGAGAGUUUGUUGAGAUAGAAAUGAAAAUGAAUUCAAAUAAAAAUGUGAGCCUAAAGGAUGACAGAGGAGCGCGCGCGCGCACGCAGCAGGAUGAGGAUGAGGUUGAGGAUGAGAUGUUAAUGUGGUGAGGCGGGCAGAGCGGAGCUGAUUGGAGCCCUAAUCCUUUUCCCCCCGGGGCCGUUUUCAGAGCCCCGAGCCAGAAUUCCUGUUCAGCUCUCCUCCACUGUUAUUCGGGAAGGAUCUCUGGCUUCAGCGCUCUCUCUCUCUCUCUCUCUCUCUCCCUCCAACCAAAAACGGAAUCGUACAGAAAAAAAAAGAAAGAAACAAAACAAGAAAAAAAAGGCCAAGACACGACCGAGCUCAUGUUUUAAAGCGAGCGACGCCGACUGAGCCAUGACUUCCAAGGAGGGAAGAAGCAUGUCUCGCCUGUCUUUGACCCGCUCUCCAGUGUCUCCUCUGGCUGCGCAGGGCAUCCCUCUUCCUGCUCAGCUGACUAAAGCCAACGCCCCCGUUCACAUCGAUGUAGGAGGACACAUGUACACCAGCAGCCUGGCUACACUCACAAAGUACCCAGACUCAAGAAUCAGUCGGCUGUUUAACGGCACCGAGCCGAUCGUGUUGGACAGUCUCAAACAGCACUACUUUAUUGACCGAGACGGGGAGAUUUUCCGUUACAUUCUCAGCUACCUCCGCACCAGCAAACUGCUUCUUCCUGAAGACUUCAAGGAAUUCCAGCUGCUGUAUGAGGAGGCGCGCUAUUACCAGCUGAGCCCCAUGGUGAAGGAGCUGGAGCGCUGGAAGCAGGAGCGAGAGCAGCGGCGAGGAGCUCAGCCCUGUGAAUGCCUGGUGGUGCGCGUGACCCCUGACCUGGGCGAGAGGAUCGCUCUGAGUGGAGACAAAGCUCUCAUCGAGGAAAUCUUCCCUGAGACGGGUGACGUCAUGUGCAACUCUGUCAAUGCCGGCUGGAACCAGGACCCCACUCACGUUAUUCGCUUUCCGCUGAAUGGAUACUGCAGACUCAAUUCUGUACAGGUGCUGGAGAGACUGUUCCAGAAAGGCUUCACCAUGGUGGCAUCAUGUGGCGGAGGAGUGGACUCGUCCCAGUUCAGUGAGUACAUCCUGAAUCGGGAGGACAGACGCUGUCAGACCAUCCACACGCCCAUCAGGAUAAAACAGGAGCCACUGGACUAGCCCAACGCCUCCAUCAGACCUGUAAAAGAUCAACUGUGGACUAUGAGAAUGAGCCGAGUGUGAACUUCUCUGCUGGUUCACUGGACCAUUAAGGAGCCCAUCAUGAUGGAACUCUAUACAAACAACAAAAGAUCUGACUGAACACCAAGACUCAGUAGAGGGACAGGUUUAAAAAAAAAAAAAAGUCAAGAUUGCAUUCUGUAUAAUUUGGUCUUCCACUCACAUUAACACUGUUGGUAUAGUAUUCACUCAUGACCUUAUUUGUGUUUAAAGCAGAAUUGUUUUAUUUUUGCACACGAAUCCGCAUUCCAGUUUGUCCAGUGUGGAACCUGAACAUCUCAUGCUCCAGUCUUCUGUAAAUCAGGUCCUUGCAUGUCGUGGCCAUUAUUUCUGAGAGCAGAGGUGUUUUUUUAUGCUGGUUGUGGAGAGAAGAAGGGCUGGCUCGCUGACAUUGUGCUCAAAGCGAUACUGAUCCCUGUUUUUCUUCAAGCAUCCUCUGAUGAUAUGAUUGCGACAGCCUCAUAGCGACGGAGUGAUUCAUUCUAAUCUUCUGUCACUAAGUGAUGCGCAACAUGGUUGGAUGCUUUAACAGAAGUGUUCUAGGUGUGUGUGCUGGAUCUGUGUUGUGCCAGUUAUAACAACAUCACUUGUUCGUGAGAGAAAAUACAUCAGAGGAUCCAAUUAGAAAACCGCAAAUCCAAUUCAGUACCCAACCAAGACGUGCAUUGGUGCAUUCAUACAUAGUUAAAUGCCUUCCGAGUUAGGAGAGGGACUUGUAGCUACAACCUGGCCACAGGAAAGCGUCUCUAAGGCCACAUUCAGACAAGCAACUCAUACCCAAUGACAAAUCUCAUCGGAGCAAGAAAGUGUCCGCGAUCCGAACAGCAAAAUCAAAUGCAGUCCAAUCAAAUUCAACAAACAUUUAUGUAUGUUUGAUGUUAAAUGAUUAAAAUCUUGUUUCCAUAGUUGCAACAGACUUCAAAUUACACCAGAUUUCAUGAUUCACGAGUGUAAAAACUGAGACAACAUGGAAAACAUGAAAAGAAGCAUGAAUCCUUGCUAGCAGAGAAACAUUUUUUUUUUACAGAUCUGGCUUCCUGAAUUCAUCAAGACAUCACCAAAUCCCAUCAUCUAAGAUUUUAAAAUUAACCCUGAUCUUAGGGUGGGAGGGAUGGUAUUACUCUCUCACCUGUCAAUCAGAGCAACACUAGCCAAUAGCGGGCAUCUUGUAUGCAGAAGAGGGCAGUUAGCGCUCCUUUGGGUGUGUUUAGCCGAUCUUUUAGAGAGCACGAAAAGCAAUUUUUUUGGGGAAAAAAAAAGGCGUGCCAGCUUCAUGUCUAUUGGACAAAGCACAUGCCAGCAUGUGGGAAUUGGCAAUGGCAUAAAAUUAGGUUGCAAGUUUUAAUUAUGCAUAGAGAAAUAUUCAGCCCCGUGAUGACCUGGCGACUUGUCCAGGGUGUACCCCGCCUCUCGCCUGUAGUCAGCUGGGAUAGGCUCCAGCUUGCCUGCGACCCUGUAGAACAGGAUAAAGCGGCUAGAGAUAAUGAGAUGAGAUGAGAGAAAUAUUCACGCUGGCUCUCGAACCAACUACCUUCCCUAAACGUCUCAGAGAAUGCGCAUUUGUAUAUCGUUACAGACAUUACUGCGACCAGUCAGAUCUGCUCAUGAGCAAUAUCGAUACUCUGGCUAAGAAAUUAAAAAUACAUAAUUAUUAAUGAUUACUACAUAAAUCAGAUUUGCCAAAUUUGCUAGAAUGUUUCCGGUGGCUUUCCUACACCCCGGAGCCCUGCUGUAGAUACAAUAACGACUAUGUAUUUUGAUCAGGUAGCUCCAAAUAUGUCGGCCUCAAAUUCCGUCUCUUAACUUUGUGUAAUAAAAUGAACAUGAACGACGUGUUGUUUGGCAAGACAACAACCACAAGUCCUCUGGAGACACACUUCUCUCUACAUUCUCCAAAACUCUCCUGAUGAAGGCAGUUUUAGGUGGAUUACUUCAUUCACUAAAUGAAUGCGCGUCUGUGAUACAGCGAGUUCUACCACAGCACUACAGAGAUUCAGUGCGCAGCUCAAGGCUUCUUCAGGGCCCCGGAGAAAAACCAUGGGUCAGAAAGAAGCCAAGCUCUUCUUCCGAACACCCCCCAGAAGCCGAGGUCACUUUCCCACAAUCCAUUUAGUCAGCCAAACCUCCGCAGGCCAAAAAGGCCCAGUCACGAUGUGGGGGAGAAUAAACACGAAAGGUUACUUAUGUGGCAGGAAAACACCGGAUGAUGCUUAAUGUAUUGUAAAAGUACACAUUUAAUAGGCUGAGUGUUUUUCAGGACGUUCUCUACACAAACGGAUGGCAGGGGCAAAGGUCGCAGAAAUGCCAGCACACUCUACACGAUCACCCGCUGAGUGUUAGUGUAGAAAGACAGACUGGAGAGCUUGUUAUCAUUUGUUAUUAUUCAAAAUGUUCCAUCUCUGCGAUCGUGUGGGAUGUUUUGGCGGCUUGAUGAAGCCCUUCAGCAAAUAAAUACACAAAAUAAAUCUUUAUUCCGGGCGUACACAGUUUUUAACCACAGCCUCAGAAGCAGAUCUCGGAUCUCGCACUUGGACUUUCAACUGCGUGAAAACAAAACUCUAUUUAAAUGCUGUUCUAAUCGAUGUUGUGUCAAAAUGUAUAACUACAGUAAGGUGCAAAUUUAUGUACAUUAUUUAAAUAAAAUUCAUUUUUUGUUUAUGGAUAAACAA